UAUAUAACACGACACAAUUUCUCCAUCUCCUGGAGCAACAAAUCAGUGAAGCCGGUAUAAGGAGAGGGAGAGAGAGAAUGAAAUGUCCGUAUUGUUCGUCGGCGGGUCAGGGGCGGUGCGCGACGGCGACCACAGGCCGAUCGAUAAUGGAGUGCUCUUCCUGCGGACGCGUCGUGGAGGAGCGUCAGACGCAGAACCACCACCUCUUCCAUGUCCGAGCCCAAGACACCCCUCUCUGCCUCGUCACCUCCGAUCUCCAGACGGCGGCGCAGCCGCAACAGUCGCCGGAGGAUGAAGAAGAUCCCUUCGAGCCCACCGGAUUCAUCACCGCCUUCUCCACCUGGUCCCUCGAGCCCAGCCCCCUCUUCUUCCGCUCCUCCCUCUCCUUCUCCGGUUAUCUCGCCGAGCUCGAGCGAACCCUGGAGCUCGCUUCUUCAUCCGCGGCGAAUUCGAAUCCUGGUUCGGGUUCCAAUUCGAAUUCGUCGACGGUUGUGGUGGAUAAUCUUAGGGCGUAUAUGCAGAUCAUCGAUGUGGCGUCGAUUCUAGGGUUGGAUUGCGAUAUCUCGGAGCACGCUUUCCAGCUGUUUAGGGAUUGCUGCUCCGCCACUUGCUUGAGGAACAGAAGCGUUGAAGCUCUAGCCACUGCUUGCCUUGUUCAAGCCAUAAGGGAGGCCCAGGAACCCAGAACCCUUCAGGAAAUCUCCAUUGCAGCCAAUGUACCACAGAAGGAGAUUGGGAAAUACAUAAAGAUUUUGGGGGAAGCUUUACAACUAAGUCAGCCCAUCAACAGUAACUCUAUAUCAGUUCAUAUGCCGAGAUUCUGUACCCUCCUUCAGCUCAACAAAUCUGCUCAGGAAUUGGCUACACAUAUUGGAGAAGUUGUGAUCAAUAAAUGUUUCUGCACUCGUAGAAAUCCAAUCAGUAUAUCAGCAGCUGCUAUAUAUCUCGCCUGUCAGUUGGAAGAUAAACGCAAGACACAGGCAGAGAUCUGUAAAGUAACUGGUUUGACCGAGGUCACCCUCCGCAAAGUCUAUAAGGAACUUCUAGAGAACUGGGACGAUCUUCUUCCGUCCAAUUACACGCCCGCUGUCCCGCCCGAGAAAGCCUUUCCAACAACCAACAUCUCCACUGCCCGUUCCACAACUCCCAGGGCCGUGGAUUCAGCUGAAGCGAAUUCCUCCUCGGACAGAGAUAAACCAUCGACUAAACCGGGUGAGACAUUUGAUGCAGCAACCGGCUACCAACCAAAAGGCAAGGAAGAUAAUAAGCAGCCGAGUUUCAGACAGCCUUGGCUUCUUGGAAAACCCUCGUGUGACACCAUCUCUGUAAUGAACCAAGGAUGCGAGAAGGGCGAGGGGAGAAAAUCCCGUUCACAGGAAGCCGAGAAGCAACAGGGCGACCCGUCAUCGAGUUCGGCAUAUAUAAGGCAGCCGAGCCAGUACUCGUCAUCGAACUCAGGUGUGAGCACUAUCAACUGGUCAUUCCGGCCAUCAUCUGGUGCGACCGGCUCGUCAAUGAACGUGUCUGUUGUACAGCCACCACCUAAACUGCCUCCUGGCUAUGCAGAGAUCAGAGGUGGUGGCUGUCAAAAGACAGGAACCAAGAACCCUAACCCUAACGCAGAGUCAUGAAAUUAUUAUCGAUGUCCGUUGAUGUGUGAAAAUCCAUAUUGGAACGACACAAUAUUUGUCCUCAUCAACAUAUAUAACCCGUUGGAGAAUCUUCGAAUGGUCAUCAUAUAGCUUGGUGGUAAAUUUUUUUUUUUUCAACUCCAUUGUUUUAAAACAUUAUUUGUGUUAUAUAUAUAUACAUAUAGAUUGUUA